CUUUCGCUUGGUUUAUUCGCCUAUACUAUUGUACCUGUAGGUCACAGAGAGAGAAGUUUACUGCUGCUCCAAGGUUCCCCUUCUACUAUCUCCAGAUAACUUUGACGAAAUUGUGCUGGAGGAGACGAAGGAUGUCUUGGUUGAAUUUUUUCCUCCAUGGGCUGAUCAUCUUGUUCUCGGUAGCAGUUAAUGGUUAAACCGUCGUACAGGGCUGUUUGUAACAGAGAUAAGCUGAGAUGAGCCAGGGAGAUGUACAACUGCAGAUAGGUCAACCUCAUCCUUCUGUCUGAAACAUAUAGUAUGAGUGUUUGUGAUUUUCCUGAAGUUGAAAUAGAACCUGUUCAACAUUGAUAUUCUACACUAUAGAUGAACGAUAGCAACAAAAGUUCUAGCACAUUGGUUAAUCAGGCUUAGACAUCAAAUAGCCAACUUGCAAGGUGGUCAUGCUCAAAUGAGAGGUAUACCGACUCACACUAGGCAAAGUCUGCCCAAUCUUCGGUUGCUGCAGGCGUGAAAGGAGCUACUAAGGCUAUGACUACUACAAAUAAGGUUUGACGGCUUCGCGACAUCUAAUUUUUACUUUUCUAUUUGUUUGCAUGAGAGAAUGAAAUAUAAAAAGGACUCUUCCUCAUCUAUGUUGCAUGGACUCUUCAAAGUAGCUACCGCACCAAUGUCAACACAACAUGGGUUUGGGCGUGGGUGUGGAAUCCAUAGUCCAUACCUUUCUUGGUCAACUUAUCUUGGGUACUUUGACCACAUUCUAUGACUGAGAAGUACAAAAUGAUAGGGUAUUUGGUUUGCUUUUGGGGUUUAUGUCACAUAUAUAUGUAUGUAUGUAUGCAUGCAUGUACAGUGAUAUGAAGUAUGAGAGUUCUUUUCUAUUACCAAGGUAAGAAUAGAAUAUUGUUGUUUAUAAAAGAACGAAGUUUUAUUUAGUUCUAAAACUUUAACUAAUCAAAAUAUACUCUUUAUAUAUGUCGUAAUAUACAUUUAUUGGCUGUAUCCCAGCACCCGUAUCCGCACUCGGAUCCAUACCCCAACGUUGUGACAUCUGCACUCUUCACUAGUUGGUGGGAUUCCAAUUAACUUCUCGUUCUCUCGAAACCUUUUAGCUCCUUGCAGAUAAAUUAAAGACGUGCGUAUGUCGGGUCUAGCAGCUCGAUUCUCUCGUGUUUAUUUACUCCUCUUUCCGCUGUUCCUUUUUCUUCCUUUUAUUCUGUCACCUCCCUUAUUUGGUUUAUUUUCAUACGGGUCAAUAGCACUUUUGGUCCCUGAAUUAUCAGUUAAUUCUUCUUUUAGUACCUAUGUUAUUUGACUUAGCAUAUUAAACUUUCAAUUAAUUGAACUAUGAAUUUUUAAUCCCUUUACUUGUGAACAUUCACAAAUUUAUCAUGAUUAUUAACUAUUUCACCGCUUAAUUACUCAUGUAUUACAUUAAAUUUGUAUUGUUACUUCAUAUUUGACGGUAAUAUAAUUUUAUAAAUACUCAAUAUAACAUAUUUCCUAUACGAAAGAACCAAAAACACGCAUUUCAAUUAACUAAAGGUUAGAUAUGUUGAGUCGUAUAUCUACCACAAGGACCAAAAUCAGAAUUUACCAAUAUAUCUAUCACAAGGACCAAAAUCAGAACUUACAAAUAACUUAGGGACCGAAAGUGCUAUUAUCCAUUUCAUAGGGUCAAGAUUUCCAGAGGCAUUAUAAGCUCAAUUGGAUAUGACGACUGAAAUGAUGUCAGACGCCAUAGAUGAUGCUAUAGAUAAUAACGAAGAGGAAGAGGAAACUGAAGAUUUGACAAAUCAGGUCCUUGAUGAAAUUGGAGUUGAUGUUGCCUCACAGUUGUCGGCAGCUCCCAAGGGCAAAGCUGCUGGUAAAAGGACCGAGGAAUCAAGCAGUUCGGGGAUCGAUGAAUUGGAGAAGAGAUUGGCUGUGCUUAGAAAUCCUUGAUCUCGAUGUUUUGGACUAGUCCUUAUGGAGUUUCAUCACACAUGAAACAUGAUUCCUUUAAGUUGUAUGUACUUCAUUUUUCUCCAAGAUGUGAUGCAUUAAUCCUUAGUCUUCGUUGAGGUGAAAUGUGAUAAAAGGUUGUCCAAAAGCUACAAACAAUAUAUUAGUUGCUUGAUAAAAUCUUGGCAUAACUUUCAUUCAUCUCGUCAUUAAAUUCUUUACUCUCUCGAGUGUUGGUGUGUA